AUGUCUGUAGCAACAGCCGGACCGUUGUCCGACUCCCAGGUCGGAGUCGAGCUCCGCAAGAUGACCGAGUUCAUCAAGCUCGAGGCCCAGGAGAAAGCCCGCGAGAUCCAGAUCAAGGCCGACCAGGACUUCGAAAAGGACAAGUCUGCCCUCAUCCUGCAGGAGAAGGCCAUUAUCGACGCCGCGUACGAGAAGAAGUUUAAGCAGGCAUCCAUGUCGCAGCAAAUCACCCGAUCCAAGGCCAACUCCAAGGCCCGCAUCACCAUACUGGCUGCCGCUCAGCGAGUCGUUGAUAACAUCUUUGAGGAUGCCGAGAAGAAGUUGGGCGAGGGAACCAAGGACAAGGGAAAAUACAAGGAGACCCUUAAGAAUCUUGUGCUUGAGGGACUCUAUGCCUUUAACGAGAACUCGAUCCAGGUCAGGGCAAGGAAGGAAGAUUUCAGCCUCGUCAAGGAGGCUAUCGAGCUUGCCGCGAAGGAGUUCAAGAAGACGCUCGAUCGGGACGUCGAAAUCGAGGUGGACGAGUCGAAGCCCUUACCGUCAGACAGCACUGGCGGAAUCCGCCCUUCCAGCCGUGAGGAGGCCCUCUUUGGCGAGAACGCCAACCGCAAGUUCUUCGACUAA